CCUAGUGUGCCACUGGUUACGGUGCUGCGUGCCAAUGCUGGCACGCGUGCCAGGGGUUGCUGACCCCUGGUAUAGAGCCUCAAUGUAUUCCCUUUGUCAGCAGCUGAUGAGCCGAUGGACACUUCACUGCCCCCCGAAGACCGAGCCGAGCCAAUGGAAACAGAGGCCGCUUCUAAGCCACACCCGUCGGCCUCUACUCCUGUCUCCCAGAAUUCCCCUGGUUUUGUGUUAGAGCGCACUCUCUCUUUACCGUCCCAGCCAGAGUUUUCUCACGACGUAUUUGUCCCUACACAGAGCCAGUCACAACAGCAGUCAGAUAAGAAGAAAGCCUCGUUGCCUCGCCAGACGCAGUCUCAGCCCCUGGAGUCAGCUCCUUUCACGUUGCCUUUGCAGCUCUCUGUGAACACACAGAUCAGUAGCCAGGCUCAGAAGACCUCAGAACCUAUAGAGGAGGACAGCCAGGCAACACAGAUCGAGGAGCUGAAGGAGCCGCCCGGCGACAGCGACUCACAACAGAGGAGAGAGAGUAACGGUAUGUCUUCACAGUCACAAACUGCCACCAGCUCCAAAGCUUCCCCCUCUGCCGAAUCACCAAAGCAUCGAGCAGCAUGUCAGUUGCAAAAGUCUGAAGUGCACAAAAAGACAGCGACUUCUUUGAAUGUACAAAAUGUGAAUGUAAAAGACAGUAAGAGUGACGUGGUGUCCUGCUCACAACCCAAGGUCGAUCUCUCUGAUGUGACGGUUAACAGCUGCGUGCAGGAGACUCCCCCCGCAGCAGACCCUACACCCUGCAGUUUGCCCUCACAUUCUAUGAUCUCUCAGACUGUGGAUGUAGUGAAGGGUUCUGUGGACUCGAGAAAGGCAGGAGCAAAAGCAAACAGUCAGUCUUUAAAAUCAUUGUCACAGCAGUCGGUAGCAGCUGGCAACAGUCAAACAGUCAAAGACGUGAUGGGGGAGAGUAAUAAGUGGGAAGAAGAAGAGGAGGUGAUGGAGGGGGAAGGAGAGAGCACAUUGGGAGGCGGGGCCUCUGGACUAGGUCUGGCUCUCUCUCAGAGUCAGCUGCUGUCUCCUGAGCCCAUGGAGGAGGAGAGUGAGAACAGAGGAGAGGACAGCAUCACCGUGGUCACAGACAGCGAGAGAGACUCCCAGCCUCUUCAGGCAAAGACCAACAGCUCCCAGCCAACCAGAGGCAAAGUGUCCUGCUCAACCAACGGCCAUGAGUCCCAGACUCAGGGGAGGAAGCUGCACCCGGCUCCUGAUAGGCUCUCCCAGACUGGGGCGGGACUUGAAGCAGAGGGGCACAAAGACAAGAGCCUGAGUGACAGCUCUGGAGAAAUGUCCUUCCAUUUCACUCUCCCUAAAGAAGGCGAGCUGAUUGGUCCUGUUGUCGGUGCCACGCCUCCUCUGAUCGGCCAGCUGAAGCAGACGCUGAGACACAGCACUCCCAUUGAGAUCACUUCCUUUUCUCAAAAGUCAGGCGCGGUGGGGGAUGUCUCUGCAGACGGGGCGAUGGCAGCCAGUGACAUUGUUUCGGGCGAGAGCGGGGAUGACACGAUGGAAAAGGGAGACGGGAAACUGAGUUUGAGGAUGAAGCUGGUGACCCCGGUGGAGGAGGGCAGCUCGGAGCGCUUCAGCCUGCAGAAGCCCGCCCUAUCAGAGGAGGAUGGACCUGUCGUCAAGGUUACCACUGUUGCCAAGGCUGUUACCAGCCCGUCAGUGUUCAGUCGUGUCCGGCAGGUUCACAGACAGCAGGACGCAAGAGAGGAGAGCCAGGGGGGGGGCAACAGCACACCUGUCAGGUAAGAACA